AUGGCUUGUGUUGCAUUGACUUCUCUCAUGGCUACCAUUGAGCUUGAAUUUUUGCAUCCCAACCACAGAGUGUCUCUUCUUCAUGAUGAUGAUAAGCCAUUGAAAUCUCUGUUUGAGAAGCUUUCUUCAUUGGAAGCCUUUGUGAAGAAGGAAUACCACAACGCAGUGGGUGGUGCUCCAAUCCGACGACAUCUGCUAAACAAAAUCAGGGACUUUGCACUCAAAGCAGAAGAUGCCAUCGAAAUACAACUCACAAACAUCCUUCAACUUCAACAAAAAGCAUAUGAAGGGGAACUCCAUCUCCAUCUCUAUCGAAGCUUGCAACAAGUAGCAAAGGAGGCAGAAGAGUUGCUGAAAGUUAUCAACAAUCAAGUUGAAGCGGCCAACCAUCAUUCUCAUCCGUUGAUUGCUUGGUCAGAAGCUGCAGCUUCGCACCCUCACAACAUUAUUGCGUCGUCGGGUGGAUCCUUGCAAUGCUCUCCACAGUUUGAGGAAGAGAAGGAGGAUAUAAUAAUGGUUUUUGAUGACUAUUACUUUACAGUGACAAGGGGAUUUAUCUUUAAACAUAGUGUAGUCACAAUUGUUGGAGCCCCAGGCAUUGGAAAGACUACUCUUUGUAAAAGACUGUAUACAGAUGAAAGGGUUGUAUCACAUUUCGACAUUCAAGCUUGGAUUACUAUUCCGCCAAGAUACAAUGGGAAUGUGCAACAACUACUGUGCCACCUUCUUCAAUCAAUAAGGCCAACCCUCAAUGAAGAAAUUCACAUGGGAAGCACUGUUUCUCAACUAAAAGAACAACUGCACAGACACUUGAAGAAAUGCAAAACAUAUUUAAUUGUUUUGGAUGAUGUCCCUAACACUCUGCUUUGGGAUGAUAUCCACCAAUGUUUUCCGGAUGAUUCAAAUGCAAGUCGGAUAUUGCUAACCACUAUUUUCAAGGAUGUGGCUGAGUACAUCACCAAAGAUUGGGAUAUCAUCUUGAGCCUGCCUUACCUAAGUGACAAUGACAGUUGGGUUCUAUUUUCCCACAAAUUUUCUCUUAAACAUCAUAUGACACCUAAAUUUGAAGAAAUUGCGAAGCAUCUUGUUGAGGAAUGCAGAGGAUUGCCGCGCUCAAUUGUUACAGUUGCAGACCGUCUAUCUAAAUGCAACUGCACAUUGAAGGAAUGGAAGAAGAUCGAGAAAGAAUUACUAUCAUUGGGAGUUCUACAUAGAGAUACACAACAAUCAAGUAAGCUUACCGACAUUUACAAUCGUUUGCCACAACAUUUAAAAGUUUGUUUUUUAUAUUUUGUGGUCUUUCCAAAACACAGUCAAAUCAAUGUGAAACAUCUUAUUAAGUUAUGGAUUGCUGAGGGAUUUGUGAAGUCACUGAGGUGUCUGCCAUUAGAAGAUAUAGGUUACAUGUAUUUAAGGGCUCUUAGAAGUAGAGGACUAGUCAUAACAACAGAUAAGUACGAUUUCAGACCAAAGACUUGUUCCAUACAUAUUGACAUGCAUAGCUUUUGCGUACGAGAAGCUCAAAAAGAAGGUCUUUUAUGUGUAGCAAAUACUCAACAAUGUAUUGGAUGGUCAUUAGACAUAGUCGCAAAUUCAUGUCGCUGGUUAAGUUUACGGUCACAUAGUUUGGACUAUCAUGUGUUGUUUAGUUCAAAUAUCCAUCGCUCCCUUUUCACCUUUCUGGGUGAUUCUGAAAGGUUUAUAUCUCUCAAACAUUUAAGAAUUUUAAAUUUGAGUGAAUCUCUCAUACUUAAAAGAGUGUCAUUAUUGCCCUUAAGGAAUUUAGUUUUAUUAAGAUAUCUUUCCAUACCACAAUGGUUUGAGAGUUUUGAUGAUGUUGUAUCAAGUAAUUCAAAUUUGCAAACACUUACUAUUUCUGGCAUUGAUGAAUCAACACUUGGAGCACUUACUCUUCAUUUAUUGCCAUCCAAAAUUUGGGAGUCGCAACAUUUAAGGCAUCUCAUACUUGGGGAUAUGUAUAUGAUAGAUGCUCCAAACAUGGUUAAAGAGCAUUUGCAAACAUUAGUUUGUGCAAUGCCAAUUCAUUUCAGGAAAAAAGAAGUGUAUUAUUGCAGGUUUCCAAGCAUAAGAAAACUGGAAGUUGUGUAUAAAGAUGUCUUAGUGCCUGGUUGUAGCGGUGGGCGAUGUUGUAGAAACCUUAUCAUCAUUCUGGAGAAUUUUGAGGAUUUAUUGAGGUUGGAGACUCUAACGGUUAUGGUUCCUAUUGGUAGUAUAACCUUUUUAGAGCGAGUUGGUUUUCCUGCAAAAUUGAAGAAGUUGAAAUUGAGUGGGACUAAUUUUCCAGUGAAGAUUUUAACGGUAAUUGGGCAGUUACCGAAGCUUAAGGUGUUGAAACUAGAGAAUGCUUUCUAUGGCAGAGUAUGGGAAGUGGUUGAAGGAGGAUUCCCUGAAUUAAAACAGCUGGAGGUUGAAUCUAGAAGUCUUGAGCGAUGGGUGGCCAGCAAUCAUUUCCCUCAUUUCCCAAAGCUCAGGUACAUAUUCUUAAAUCAUUGUUAUGCUCUACAAGAGAUCCGUCCUGUAAGUGCAAUAGAGCAUCGGUGUUUGUCAAUUUGGUUGGACCAAUGUCAUCCUUCUGCUGCCACUUCUGCCAGGAGGUAUCAAGAAGAGAUGGGGCGGCACAACAAUUUUUGGCUUGUUGACAUUAUUGUUGACGGCAAGAAUUUCUGA